GAAGGUUACAUAGCCACUUUUUACUCGCAAGCCACUUCGUUCGGACCGAUAUUGUUCACCAUAAAUGCCAAUAUGUGAAGCAGACGGCUUCUUCUACAUGACUGGGAAGGAUCUAGGGUAGUCCGACAGCUAUGAAGCCCGAAAAAGACUGUUCUAACGAUGCUGAUGAGGUGGAAGAGGAAAAGGACCCGAAGGAGGUGUUGUUGGAGCUGGGGAUGUUGGUCGUGGAGGCGCGCACACCGGACACGUCAGCGAAAGGGCGCAUCGAGGGGCCGCACUGUCCCACCAGCGUGUGUCGACCCAUCCACGUCUGUUACAGAGACAGGUUUGAGUGUCAGAGAGCGGAGCACUUUGUGCACCAGAUGGAGUUGUUGUGGCGGAAUGCGAUCCCGUCAUGCAUUGACGUUCUGCUGUACCCGAAGUGCCAGCACGGCCAGGAGCAGGCCCUGGCGUUUGACGGGUCCGGGGUGACCGCCACCAAGGAAUGUCUUCUGCUCGAGAGGUGGACCAUCCAGAUCUUCCAGAAGAGACACACGAACAAGCUGGAUGGGAGUGUGGGCGCAUCUUUCCUGCAGCAGGCCGUGAGGUCGUAUCUCCACUUCUCUCAGAUGAGCUCCUGGCUCCUGUCUACAGGUGGAGCACUCCCCGUCCUUGUUAUCUACAGGUUAUAUGCUCCAGGUGAAUGCAUAGGAGUUAAGUUUAACCAAACUCCCGAUCAGCAUAAAUUUCCUAUUGCUAACUUGAAGAACUUCGGGGUCAAGGUCGAGGUGUCGUCGUUGCCCCGACAAGACCAGAUGGUUGUACUCACGUGUCCGCAGGAGUUGGAUUGCUAUCUCGGGGCAACUGCGUCGUUGAAGAUCUGCGAAACGAAAGAGAACGCAAGUAGCGACGGUUUCUCUGAAGAGAAUCACAGAGGCCGGUCGAUGAAACGAACCCGCCAGAACACGAGCAGAGCCACUCGAAAGAAGGACGGACAGAAGGAUGGACAGAAGGAAGUGGAAAAGAAGAUCCCCGAUUGUUCAGAAAGUGCCACGGAUGUUUUCCAAGAUGUACCCACUAGCUGGUCUUCCAUCGGCAAGGAGAGGCGCUACGGCGCCAAGUGCCGACACUCGCGCGACAAGUCGUCUAGUUCUGAUGAGUUGUUAGAUCUUCAUGAGAGUCUACAGAAGUAUUCACUCAACUGCAAACCUCAUCGCCGCAGCCCCGAAGAGCUGGAUGCAAUAUCGCCGAUAGCAACCUACGACCAGUCGUCUAUGUUUUACGUCGACAAGGGUCCUCCAUCUGACAGUAGUUUCAAAUGUGGCGCAAACUCACCGUCGAGGCAGGUUUUCAAGGAGAAGCUGCUUCCCCUGAAGCCACACACCCUUCAGGACGUUGGUCUACAGCCAAUUUCUACCUCAAAGAAGUUGCACAGUCCCAAGGUGUUGGUGACGACGAAUUCCAAACCAGAGAGCUCGUACACGAAGAGAAAAUGUUUAGAUUUGAAUGACUCAGUGGACUCCGAUGAAUGGGAGAAGAAAUAUAUUUCCACCAAAAUAGAGGAUCUCACCAGUCCGUUGUCGCCGGAAGACAUUCAUGCAUAUUUAACAAACCUCAGGACGGCUUCCCCGAGACUCGACCACUUCUCCUCAGACACGGAUACCGACUCUCCGAAGUGCAAGUUCUUCAUAGGAGAGUCGUGGGAAGCACCUAAAAUAAGGAACAAGAAAUCGUACCUGUGUGAGAAGAACUCCCCCGAAGUUUCCCCGAGUUUGUUCAACUCACGUCUUUCAGAAAACAAUUCGACCAACUCGGGAUCUGUGGUGCAGAAAGCGGUCGCGAGUGUCGACAAAGAUCUCAUGGAAGCUUCACGUCUGCUGGGAAGUCUGGACAUUGCCACGAGCCAGGAGCCGUGCGAUGUAACCGAGGUAACCGAGGACAGACAGUCUCUGUCGCUCGACUUGGCCUGCAGCUUAAACGUCUUUCAUAAUCAACAAACGCCGACACCAUUGUCGGGAGGUGGGCGGGAGUCCGGAACACAGCUAGUAGUGGCGGCCGCCGCCUCAGUUCAGAACGGAACCAGUGUUUCUCCUUCUGCUAGCAGACGCAGAGCGUUGGAGAGAGAGACAUACCAGUUCCCGUCGGAGACUAUUUCCCAGACAAAUCGGUCAAAGUCGGUGCCAGAGGAUAUGGGGUGCGAUGAAUCGGGAUUUAAUAAGACAACCCCUUCGAAACGGAAACUGCCGACCACCCCGACAAUGGAUGACAUCGUGAGUUUCCGGCGACACAUGAGCAAGAGUUCCUCCAUGUUGUUCAACCAGAGAACUGGUCUGCCCAGCCAGUCUAGUCCGGCACCAGUGAAGCGGAAAUCCAUGAGCAGAUUCGAUUAUGACAGUUCACUGGUGAAUACAAACGCUAUUAAAAAUGCCCUAUCGUGUUCCAAGCUGGUGAUAUCGAGUAAUGAUCACAAUCUGGAAAACUCAACAGACGACCCAAGCCACGGACUGAGCAACAGUGCCCCAGCAUCGACCAACUGUCUGCUGGGAAAUUUUGAGGAGUCUAUGCUGAAUGGCCGACUGGAGCCGAUAGGUGCUGUCGAUGGGUUUACGGUGGAGAUCGGUGCCAGUGGAUCAUUCUGUCCCAAACACAUCAGCCUGCCAGUGACCUCCUACUUCUUCAAACUGUCUGAUGACAACGCACCUUCACCCUAUCUAGGCCAUGUCGACCUUGAAUCUCUUGGUAAAAAGGGAUACCACAUUCCAAAGAAAGGAACUGUGCAAGUAACAUUGUUCAACCCAAACAAGACGGUGGUGAAGAUGUUUGUGGUGAUGUACAACCUGACGGAUAUGCCGUCGAACUGCCAGACGUUUCUACGACAACGCACCAUGUACAUGCCCGUCGAUAGCAACAGCACCGAGCCCUCCUACCUGCGAUAUCUUAUCCAUCUCAGAUUGGCUACGUCGAAAUCGGGGAAAAUUCACCUUCACACGGAUAUCCGACUGAUUUUUGCCCGAGACAAGUUCGAGUUUGAUAACAAGGUGGCACAGUAUGAACUUCGAUCUUUCACCGAAGGACCCCAGAAUCCCAAAUUUUCACCCAAGAGGUGACAAAUGGAUUGUCUAGGAUUUUAUUUAUUGUAGGGUAAAUGUUUAACUCAUAUGUUACUGCAGAGCUUCAUAUUUUUAACAAUUCUACAUUCAAAAGAAAUAAUUGUGGAGUAGCGAAAAUGUAAAAUUGAAUGGAAAGAAAGUUUUUGUUUUCAAAGCUUCAGUUUCAUUCCAGCCAAUGCACUACAACUACCGUAUAUUGCCGUGUAUUAGCCGACUCCUUGGAUAAGCCGACC